AUAGCCACAGCGUAAAAAAACCGGCUCCAGAUAUGUUGAUUCGGUUGAUUGUUGGAUUUGAGUUUGUAUUACUUACGUUAAUCUUAACAUGUGUAACUAAAAUAGUAAUUUAAUAGCUCAACAGUAGAGAGUACUGUAAUAAAAUUACAGUCGCGAGUAUAUUCAUCAUUAUUCAAGUUGUUUGAACGUAUACAUCUUAAUUCUUACCUGCAAUACAGAUUAGGUUUAGAAUUUAUGGUUUGACAACCAUAGAAUAACAGCUGUGCAUUAACUUAUAGCUUGUUAUCACUAGAUUGUGCCUUUCUAGCAGUAAUUCAAGGAGUAAAAUGUCUUUAAAUAAAUUUAUGCACCCUAGAAACAAAUACAGGAAACCUCCAGACUUCAAAGCCCUGGCAGCAAAGUAUCCUGAUUUUAAUAAACUUGUUAAGAGAGAUGGACGGGGGAAUGUUUCUCUUGAUUUCAAGAACCCAAAGUCACUUCAAGCCCUGACAACUACUUUACUCAAAGAAGAUUUUGACUUGAAUGUGGAGAUACCAGUAAAUCCUCAGAUCCCCACAAUUCCCCUGUACAUGAACUACUUACUCUGGCUAGAGGAUCUUGUGGCAGCGAACACUUCGUCAGAAGUCAUCCAAGGUGUAGAAAUUGGGUGUACAGCUAGUUGUGUCUACUCACUCCUGGCUGCACGUCAGUUUCACUGGCGCAUGUUGGCUACUGAGGUGGACACGGACAGUGCUUUCACCGCUUCCAACAACAUAAGAAGGAACAAACUGAACGAUAGAAUCACAGUGAGAGCUGUUAAGAAAGGAACAGUUCUGCAAGGAGUGCUGGAGCCAGGUGUUGUCUAUGACUUCUGUAUGUGCAACUCUCUGAGGUAUUUGACAUCAAGAGAAGAACUGUUGACUCUGCUCACUGCACUUGUUCUGGACAGUAUUGAACUGAAGGAGCAAAUCAGGAUUUACACGGUCAAGGUGGCCGACGAGACAACUGUAGCCACACUGAUGGAAACACUGAAGAAGGCUGGUGUGACACGUGUGUCAAGUAAAAUGUUCUGCCAAGGACGUACAACCAGGUGGGGGGUGGCCUGGACACUAGGCUUCGCAGAGCUGGAUCUGGGCUCACAAUCACUCAAACAGAACAUCCCCUUCUCACAGACAGUACGGGGAGAUCUACCAGGCACUGUGGAACAGUUACUGCAGUUAAUAGCAAAACUGCAGAUAACUCACUCAAUUUUAAAAAGAAAUGAAGAACUAUGUACCAUGGAGAUUGCAGCGAUGAAUAAUACCUGGUCAAAUGUAGAAAAGAGAACACGCCAAAUUACAAACAAUAAAGAUUGCUAUAAAGAGACACUAAACACACCAAAUUCUGAAGAAAAUAAUGAACCAAGUGUGGAUGGAAAUAAUAAAAAUGAAGAUCAAACUGAAAUCAAAGAGGAAAACAAGGAUGAUGAAAAAGGAUUGCCAUCAAAAGAAACUUCAGGAUCAUCACAGAUUAAAAUUGGAGUAGAUGAAAAGGCAACAACCAAUUUUUGUGGAAGCAAUGUCAGUGAAAAGAGUACAGAGGAAGUUGCGGAAAAUGGAGUUGGUGAAAAGAUUGCGACGGAUGUUGGUGAAAAAACAAUGGCAGAAGUUGUUGGAAACGGAAUUGGUGAAAAGAUUAUGGCGGAAGUUGGUGAUGAUUGCAGAAUUGGAAAAAAACGUGGAUCUAUUGAUGAUUUGGAUGCUGCCAACAGUGACAUGAAGAGACUGAAGAUGAAGAAUGGCAGUUCAGAGGUGAAUAUCGGGCCUCAGAGAGGACCUGUGCUGACUGCAUCAUUAGUGGUGAGGAAGACCAGUUCAGGCUCUGUCAUUGAAAUGAACUGGUUGCGUGGGCCUGGAGGUCGUAACUCAGCCCAACAGUUGCUGCAGUAUCUGACUAGUAACCUCAACCCUCCCGCAGACAAUUAGCAGUAUGUUUUAUAUGAUGUGUUUGGACUUGUAAAUGUUUGUACAAUCUUGUGUACAGAAAUGUUGUUUAUUUUACCUUUUUUAUGUUAAUUAGCUAUUUUUAUGUUUAUUGAAUAUAAAAAAUAAAGCAAUAUAUGCUCUGUA